AUGUCUAAAUCCUGCGCCACCGUAGUCGCACUCUUCUGCUUGUUCGCCCUUUCAUUCUCCGACCACGCGCCGUCGGUUGAAGAUGAGGCCUCCACCCAGGUCGCCGUCUACAAGGUGCCGGACAACACCGAGAAGCAGUUCAACACCCUCGACGUCUCCUCCGUGCCGCUGCCCAAAUUCCCUUUCCGCGCGGUCAACCGCCGGUUCCCCGUCCGAUCGAGUCGCCCAUGCGCUCAUGGCCGCCGGGAAAGAAAGGAAAACGAGCAGAUCUCCUACGGAAACGACAUGAUCUUCUCCUCCGGCGAGAACAGCGACUUCCAGGAGCCCGUGCUGUACAGCAGAGGCAGGCGGAUCUCGUGCCGCCACUACUACCACGGCGGCCGCGAAGGAGAGGAUAGACAUCGGGUUAAUCAGAUCGUGCUCGACGGAGAGACGGAAAUCGAGGUUCUGAAGAAAUUGGGGGAACAUUUGAGGCUUCAGAGGGGGGAGAAGGAGAUGAAGGGUGAAAGCGGAUUCAUGAGAGGCGUGCGUAAGUUCUCGAAGCCUUAA